GGAGCGUGAAAGGGGACGGACCGCGUCGCCGGAAAUCCACGCCGGAGCGCUGUGAGGAGAGAGGAGGCGAUGGGACGAAGCCGCUCGCGAUCCCCGCCCAGGAGGGAGCGCCGGCGGUCCAGGUCUGCUUCCCGGGAGAGGAGGCGUCGGGAGCGGUCGCGGUCCCGAGAGAGAGACCGGAGGAGGAGCCGGUCCCGCUCCCCCCACAGGAGGCGGUCCAGAUCACCGCGGCGACAUAGGUCCAGCUCUUCCUCUCCGGUCCGACCGAAAGAAAGGCGAGACGAUGAAAAGAAAGAGGGCAAAGAGGCCAAAGGGAAAGAGCGCCAGAUCACAGAGGAAGAUCUAGAGGGCAAGACCGAGGAAGAAAUUGAGAUGAUGAAAAUGAUGGGAUUUUCCACAUUUGACACCACAAAAGGCAAGAAAGUGGAAGGGUCUGUGAAUGCCUACGCUAUCAAUGUCUCGCAGAAGAGGAAGUACAGGCAAUACAUGAACCGAAAGGGAGGCUUUAACCGGCCGCUGGAUUUCAUUGCCUGAGACCUGCCUUCGGAAGGGGAGUCCGCCUCCAGCCCCUUAAUGGUCUUGGGAGCCGCAGCACCUGCAGCCGGCACGUCUUCCUUCACAAAGCGGGACUCAUGCUACCGGAGAGAGACAUUGUCCUGCAGAGGGAACCGGUAGUGUGUGUUGUCUUUCUUGUUUUCACUGAAUGUCCCUUUUGCGUUGCUGUUUUUAAAUAUUGUUGCUUAAAUUAAAGAAGGAAAGCUUGGGUCCAGUAGAAGCUGCAGAACAGUUGUCUUUAAAGUUAGGAUGCCAGAUUCAUCUUCGUUUCCUGAACCAUGUUGAUGGAUAUGGAACUGCUUUGGGGGGCAGGGUGCCCUCUCUACCUUUAAUCCACCCAUUUUCCUUUCACUCUCCUUGGAGGACUGUUGACAUGGUUUGUUUAUCAUGAUUACUAAUUCUUUCAUGUGCAGGGUAUCCCUGCCUUCCUCCCAAAGGGGACUUUUUUCUUCCUCCUCCCAUCACUGUCUUCCUUCUGUCCCAGAUCAAUGUAGGAAUGCAUCCAUAUAAUGCUAGGUUGUCCUCUUUAUUGUUUUGCAUGCCAUCCUGGUAAUCGGUUUUGGGACACAUAGACAUUUGCUUUCAUGCAUUCGAUGAGUAUAACUUUGCAGGAUUUGGGAUAUAUCCUUUUUUUCCCCUAGGAAAAAAAGUCAUCGCUUUCAUUGUGAACCAUUGCAGUAGUGUAACAGGACCACCUAUAUAAAUAAAAAUGUAAUGUUCGUUUGUGAGAUUAACAGAACUCAAAAACCA